UCUUGCUUCAUGCUGGAUGAAGGGGAUGAGAAGGUAAAUCACCCUGCAGCAGGAGAGGUGGCCGAGUUCUGCAACGCGCAGCUGAGGGCUUCCAGUGAGAUGGGCAACACCAAGACAACGCUCCACCUCCUGGUCUUGCUCCGACAAGUCAUUGCGUCUUUUCCGCGGAAACAGUUGAAGGUCGCAUGUGAGGGCAUCCUUUCGGUGAUGCAGCUGGGGAACUCCCUUAUAAAUGCCAGUGCCAUGCAGGCCCUCUACAGUGUGAUGGUAUCCAAGCCAAGUCCUGAGGUUUUCCAACAGGGACCAAUGCAGCCCUGA